AAAGGGAGGAGGGGGCGCGCUGCGCGCUUGCACGCUGCACGGGGAAUGACGGCGGCUCUUAUAAAUAAAGCCAAGCCCGCAGCUGCACACCCCCUGCGUGCCAACCCGUUUGUAAGCCGUACCGUAGGACGUGGAGGGGACUCGUUUGUUUGUCAUUUGAAUAGGAGACAAAAAAAAAAAAAACCGGUCCAAGGAGGUGAACGGGUUUUUCGGGGCCUCGCUCUCUGACGUCGAAGACGACGCGGAACCUCGGUCGGUCGCCCGGCCGUAAGUGUAGGGAAAUGACCGCGAGUGACCUCUGUUGUUUUAGCGACGGUUAGCAUCUCCAGCGCUUUUUUGUUUUAAAUCGUCAAAAAAAUGAACCCGUGAUAAAAAAGCGUUCGGUUCGGCUUAUUUGCAAGGCACGGUACGGUUGUCAAUACGGGGCUAACGUGAGCAGGCUAUGCUAAUUUAGCUUGCUUGGUUAGGUUCCCGGCACCCGUAGAUGCUACAUGGAAGCUAGGCUAAUUUAGCUCUCGCGAUUAGCUUCCCGGAACCCGUAGAUGCUACAGCGAAACUAGGCCCAGUUUUCCCCCGUAUUUCGAGGUUCGCAUCCCGGCUAGGAUACCGCAGCUCCAGCAGCGGCUAUGGAUAAAGCAAAGUCAAUGGUGGACAAGAAGGGACCUUUCCGGGUCAACAACGGCCCGAGCCAGAGGAGCUACAACGGCCACAUCAACGGCUGCCUCGCCUCGACCAGCUCGCCCAGCGGCAGCGGCCAGUACGAGAACAGUCACCACACGAACCGAGGGGAGGAUGUGGCGUGCAACGGCUCGCCGGCCAAGAAGAGCAGGCUCCGGAGGAGGACCGAGUCGAUGAGGCGACACAGACCUCCGUUCCCGUGGUUCGGGAUGGACAUCGGUGGCACGCUGGUCAAGCUGGUCUACUUCGAGCCCGUGGACAUCACGGCGGAGGAAGAGCAGGAGGAGGUGGAGAACCUCAAGUCCAUCCGCAGAUACCUUACCUCAAACGUGGCCUAUGGCAAGACGGGCGUGCGCGACGUCCACCUCGAGCUGCGCAACCUGACCAUGUGCGGCCGCACGGGCAACCUGCACUUCAUCCGCUUCCCCACGCAGGCCAUGCCGCGCUUCAUCCAGAUGGGCCGCGACAAGAACUUCUCCAGCCUGCACACCACGCUCUGCGCCACCGGCGGCGGCGCGUACAAAUUCGAGGACGACUUCCGCACAAUGGCCGACCUGGAGCUGCUGAAACUGGACGAGCUGGACUGCCUGAUCCGCGGCCUGCUCUUCGUGGACCGGGUGGGCUUCAACGGCCACCCCGAGUGCUACUACUUCCACAACCCCUCGGACACGCAGAGCUGCGUCAAGCAGCAGUGCACGCUGGACAACCCUUUCCCCGUGCUGCUGGUCAACAUCGGCUCCGGCGUCUCCAUCCUGGCCGUGUACUCCGAGGGCAACUACAAGCGCGUCACCGGUACCAGUCUGGGAGGUGGUACAUUCCUCGGCCUUUGCUGCCUGCUGACGGGCUGCGAGACGUUCGAGGAGGCUCUGGAGAUGGCGAGCAAGGGCGACUCCACCAACGUGGACAAGCUGGUCAAGGACAUCUACGGCGGCGACUACGAGCGCUUCGGCCUGCAGGGCUCGGCCGUGGCGUCCAGUUUCGGUCACAUGAUGAGCAAAGAGAAGCGCGACACCAUCAGCAAGGAAGACCUGGCGCGAGCCACGCUGGUCACCAUCACCAAUAACAUCGGCUCCAUCGCGCGCAUGUGCGCCGUCAAUGAGAAAAUCGAGCGUGUGGUGUUUGUGGGCAAUUUCCUGCGCAUCAACACGGUAUCCACCAAACUGCUGGCCUACGCCAUGGACUUCUGGUCCAAAGGACAGCUGCGAGCGCUCUUUCUCGAGCAUGAGGGUUACUUCGGAGCUGUGGGCGCGUUAAUGGAGCUUCUCAAGACCACCGAGGACUCCUGAGCUGCCUCCCUCCCUUCAGUGCUGUGAUGUCAUCAACACUGGAAACACUGCAAACGCUGCAGAGGCUGCUAAAGGAAUCACUGCGAGACAUGAGAAUAAGCAAGAGAAACUGGGGAAAAGCCAUUGGGGAGCGCGUGUACUUAGCCAUCAAACCGUAGAGGUUGUACUAUUGUAAUUGCUAAUUUAUGCUAAUUGACGCUGUCUUUGCCUGAGUUUUUAAUGACAAGCUACUGUAGCAGUUCGCCCCCGGUAAGUGGGUGUCUUUUUAAGAUGAGAACUCAAAAGGGGAUUAGCCGAAAUGUGGUUAAGCUAAUGAGAACGUUGCCCCUAUGUGGUCGAAUAGGAACUCCGCUGCACAUGGCCUUUUUUUUUUUUUUUGCCCCGCCUCCUUUCCUGAUUCCCAGUGUGGACCAACGGUGUGUCUUCUCCCGAGCUACGCUUCAGUUAGCAUCUCUUGUUUUUUUCUUUCAUCACCUUGCCUUGUUUUAUCGCCGCCGAGAUUUUUCUCACCACACUAUUCAGACUAAAAAGUCCUCUCUCAGAGCUUUUCAGGUCACGCUAAUAUGUUAAAAGGGGAAGUGACCAGAGGAGCUAAUCAAGUGGUCAGCGUCUUCACUUGGCACGCCGGCUCGUUAAUCUACGUGACCAUAUAUCCUAAUUGAUGUUCAGGAUGUCGAAAUCAAAGUCCUUUGUUCGCAACAAUGUCGUCAAUUAUUCCUGUCAAGCUAACGGGAAAGGGAACACAAACAAGGAGUAGAAAUCCUGCCAAAAUAUACAACGCUAAACAUGGCCUUCUGUGUCCAUUAGUCGUAAAAGAUGGUGCAAACCAUUCAGCAACUAGCGCGAGAUGUUAACAUCGCAGUAGAUGCUGUUACAAGAUAUACAAAUCCAACUUUUUUUUGUUUACAAAAAGGUGGCCAGUAGUCCUUCAAAGCCAGCAGCAAUGGGAACACAAACCGCAAGUAAAAAGCUGCUAAAAAAAAAAAAGCCUUCGCUGUCUGCUUACCGCUAGUUUGCUUAACCAUUCGGUGGCUAGCCCAAGAAGCUAACCAAACAGCCAAAAAUCUGGUCAGUAGUCCUAUCGGUGAUCCUGUCAAGCCAACAGGAAUGGGAACAAAACCAGGCAGUAGAAAUCUGCAAAAGGAUGCUAAACAUAGCCUUCCGUGUCUGCUAAAUGCUUAAAUGCUAAAAGUGGACCAUCUCAAGCUCCUCUGCCACUGCCCUUACACUUUCUGCCACACUUCUUUGUGCCAUCUACCCUUCGAUUAAAUGCCUCUGAACUAUUACUGCUGACACACUUUAGCAUUUAGCUUUAGCACUAGAGGUUUCAUCAAACUAUUUUUUUUCCCUCCCAUGUGGUUCUUUUGGGCAGGUCUUAAUAAUAAUCAUGACGUUGACGCUCCCAUAGGUACUUAGUGUUAGCGUAGCAUCUUAGGUUUUGCGUAUUUGCCGUUCGCAUGUCUACACAUAACUUGUUCGUUGGUGUUCUGCACCCUCACUUGAUUGUCCAGUUUGCUGCCUUUUUUUCCCCUUGUCCGCUUGAAUCUAAAUGCUUCAAAGUUGCAAAAAGAUUUAACUCCUUGCCACUGUCUUCAUGGCUCUGUCACACUUCUUUGUCAUCUAACCUUCAGUAAAAUACUUCUGUAGCAUCACUCGCCAACACAUUUUAGCAUUUAGCUUUAGCAUUAGCACUGGUAUCUAUUUUCAUCAAACUAUGGUUCUUCAACCCCCGGGGGUAUGAUUUAUUUCGUCAUGUAAAAAUCCAAUGUGACCCAAAACGUCGUAACUGUAACAUAACCACAGGUAGUUAGCGUUAGCAGAGCGUCUUUGAUUUAGUGCGUAUGUCGAUUAACAGAUCAAGAUGUACCUUUUUUUUGUUUGUUUUUUUGCGCUAGCAACUUCCUGUUUACAAUCUUCCAACCAAUGAGAGAAGAGAGCGAUCUCUUGGUUGAACCAGGAUGGAAACACACUGACGAUAUAUGAUACUACUAGACUAAACUGAAGCUGUGGAGUCCACCAUUUUGUGUACUUUUGCUGUUCUCUCAGACCACCGUGUCACCCUCCCCCCCUUUCAGCCCUCUUCCUCCCACCUUUAUUGACAAGUCGCCCCCUUCGCAGCUAGCUCACAGCUAGCGAAACGUCUCAAAGGUUUCACACACGUUAACCAUCAGCCAGGAACUGAUAAAAACUGUUUGUGUUUUCAGUCCUGCACCCACUGUCUCUCUCCACCACUUAUUACGCAUUUUUGUUGUUGUGCUCGUUGCCUCAGUGAAGCUCCAGCGUGACCUCGAACGCUGACCUCGACACCCCCCCCCCCCCCUCCCCACACCCCAUUUAACGCCAUCUGUUUAUGUCCAUGCCUUCAUGUUUGUGACCUCAUACCACAGUGUCUUUUGCCUGUUUCAUACGGAGACCCCGCAAAACGGUUCAGCAUGAGAAGUGAAUGUCUGGUCUUCCCACCCCCAUCCGGCCUUGCCUUUUUAUACAAUCCCGCCUCUGAUACUACCUCCGACAGGUAUAUCAAACAGUUGUCGGACGGUGACUAUUGCUUUCAACACAACGGGACGUGAAAAGCGAGUGUCAGGUCUUCCCACCCGUGUCCCGCCUUACCUUUUUACGCAGUCCCACCUUUGUUACGGUUAUGAUACUACCUCUAAAGCCGGAAUAUUGCCGAAUAGAUUUCCCCCUCAUUCCAUGCCAGUGCUGUAGUCGUCUCGUAACGUGGUAGUACUAGAAUUAGAAAAGCCUCAACAACCUUCAUCAGAUACUGUACAUACAACUGGACUAUUUAAUUUAAUUCUUAUUGUUAUUAAUAUUUGUUUGUUUUUUUUCCAUGUUGGUUUACGAUUUCCGUUAUGACGGCAAACAUCCGCUAGAUAUGAACACAAUGGCUUCCCGGGCGGCCAUUUUGUGAUUAAAAGCGUAAAGUACACUACAAAUUAUAUAUGGUUAACAUAUAAUGUUAUAGUCACAGGAAUUUUAGGAGUGGACUUUUAACCGUUUCUGAUGCGUAAUAUCGCAAUUCCAGUUCAAAAAUAAUCCAACUAGCGUAACGCUGGUCAGCUAAUAACCAUUUUUCAUAAUGGCAGAGCUUUAAGGUGGCCUGAAAUUAGGCAGGGGUGGCCGCCUCCAAAUUUUAUUUCCGGGAAAAAGCCUGUAAUAUUAGGUGGACGCACAAUCUAUUCUAAUUAGAUCUCAUUACGAUAAUAAUGCUAACAGAUCUAUUCAAGUAUCACUAUAUUAAUUCUGUUUGUAGUGUAACUCGUUAAGUUGUGUGAUGAUUUUCUGUGUUAGCAUCAAUGCUAACACAACAAACCGCUGGGACCAUGUCAAUAUUUAAACAUCUGUUAUGCCCGUGAGCCAUUUGGCUCUGCAGUAAGCAUCUUAACGUAUGGAAGCCGUUUGAGCAUCUUUCAUAUCCAUUUAAGGUCUCAAUACAAGUACGCUCUUUGUCCUAUGCUAAAAAUGACCACUUGGAUAUGCAAGCGUGACAAUUGGAGAGAGAACUCCUCCUCCUUUUCGUCUUGUUCUGCUAAUUUUUAUUUGAAUGCCAUUUCAGGCGGUUUUUGUUUGUUUUUUUACCUUUUAACACCAAUUUCGGUGGACAAACGUGUCUUGACAAGCGCUAUGUAUCCAAGUCGACCUUACUUGUCGUGACGUAAUUGCCUCUUGCACAACUUGAAAAAUAUUAUUAUUAUUUUUUUAAUGCCUCAUUGGUUGUUAAACAAACAUCCUGUUGACUAGUCCAAGCCUUUAAACUAAACGAUACUGAGGAGAAAAAGUUGAUAUAAAUGAUUGUCCGGAAUGCUAAUUAGUUGUGUGUCUGUGUGUGUGUGUGUGUGUGUGAUAUAUACACACAGAGGUUUUUGUAAAUAUGAAUAAUAAUGAUCUAAUCCACACCAGCAAGCUGUCAUUGGUUUUAACUUGGCCGGCUUUCACAAAACAUCUCCUGUAUCGUGAUACACAUGAUAUGGCGAUAUAUACAGAAUGAUUGAUAUCGUGGAAGAAAAUCAUCUACAAUCUGUGAUGAUGACCAGGGAAGUAAUGAAAACUUGCGAUAUAAUAUCACAAUAUUUUUUAACAAUACGAAUAUCACAAUACAAAAGGGUACACGUACACAUACAGCAAUUGUGUGAUAAUUGAUAUGUGGGAAUGAAACUAUGUAAGCUACUGUGCGUCACGACGUGUAACAAAGUUAAACUCAUGAUACAAUGUUAUCAUGUUUUUACAAUGAUACCAAUGGUAUCACGAUACAGCGAUUUGCAUAACAAUUGAUUUAUUGGGUGAAAAAAUAUCAAUACAUUUCAAUGUCUGUAUUUUUCCUACAGAACAAAUUCUAUCAUGAUACAGCGAUUGUAAGAUGAAUUUAUAUAUUGGAAGAAAACAAUAUAUGAUGCAUUGUACAUAUUUAAUAAUUUGAGGAGAAUGUGAUUAUUUUCCUACCACACUAAUGGUAACACAAUACAGCGUCACUUUUCCAACUAGACCGAAGAUACUGCAAUAUUUUGGAUGUAAUGCAACACAAUUGUGUACAAUCCAUCCAUUUUCUGUGCCGCUUCUCCUCACUAGGGUCGCGGGCGUGCUGGAGCCUAUCCCAGCUGUCAUCGGGCAGGAGGCGGGGUACACCCUGAACUGGUUGCCAGCCAAUCGCAGGGCACAUAGAAACAAACAACCAUUCGCACUCACAGUCAUGCCUACGGGCAAUUUAGAGUCUCCAAUUAAUGAUUGUGUACAAUAUCUAUGAUAAAUAAAAACUGGUCCUAUGUUUUUCCAACGAUAUCAAUGGUGUCACGAUACAGCCAUUGAGCAAUAAGUGUCAUAAUGGAUUCAAAUGAUCAAUGACAAAUCACGAUAUUGAUGUAACUAAUCAAAAUGCAACAAUAUUGUUACAGUGAUAGCAAUGGUAUCACUGUACAGCUCCAUAUUAUGUCAACUUUAGCAUUUAUUUUGGGGGUUGUGAAGUAAACAAGUCUUGUUUGUUGUUUGAGAUGUUUGUGAAAGCUGCCGUUGGUUGUUUCAUAAUUUCUGCUGCUUUUAACAAACACACAAAAAAUGCCAUGUGCAAUGUAUAUGUAAUGAUGUGAACAAGACUUUUUCUCAAAAGGAAUAAAAGUCAAACUGGAUGAA